AUGGAGGAUCUCGAAGCCCUAAAGAACAACUUCGACAUCAUCGGACUCUCCGAAACGCACUGCACUGAAGAGGCGCACCGCUCCUGGACGGACGGGACACUGCUCGGAGCCGAGAUCCACAUCGGCGCCCGCGAUCCUACAACGAACAUAGGCGGAGUCGGCUUCAUCAUCCACCCAAGACUGGUCGCCAACAAACGAGUGCAGGAAGUCCACAUCAUCUCAAGCCGAAUCGAAGUACUGAAGCUCGAAGUCCCCGGCCAGAGAAGACCGCUCAAAAUCGUCCAAGUCUACGCACCGCACUCCGGUUACGACGACGACAUAAUCGAGCAGUUCUAUGACGAAGUCAGCGAGCAGCACGACGUGAGCACGUGCCGAACAGUCAUUAUCGGCGACUUCAACGCACGACUCGGCCGCCGGAAGGAAGACGAGCACUACAUCGGCACGCACUCGGCCGAGCAGAGGAACGAGAGCGGCGAAAUGCUGGCAGCUUUCGCAGAGUCACACCGCCUAUACGUCGCCAACUCCUUCUUCGAUAAGCCACCGAACAAGCGUUGGACGUGGCGAUCGCCGGCGUUCAACCUUUUCUGCUAG